UUAAGAUUAUCAAGUCUAUCCAAGCCGAGCACACCGCUAUCGCAUCCUUAUAGAUCUAGGGUUUAUUUCUCGCUGCCGGCGCGCACCGUGUCCGCGUGGUGAUUUGGGUGGCGGCUCGAGAUUUCUUCAGCGGAGAUGGAGGUUGACGUAGGUCGAGCUCCGGCAAGCAAGAUCCGAUGGGGAGAACUGGAAGAAGAUGAUGCUGAGGAGAUGUAUUUCUUUCUUCCGCCGAGGAUCGUAAUUGGGCCCGAUGAGAACGGCUUGAAGAAGGUGAUCGAGUACAAGUUCAACGAUGAUGGAAAAAAGGUAAAGGUAACGACCACCAUACAAAUCCGCAAACUUGCGCGCGCGAGGCUUAGCAAGCGUGCUCUGGAGCGCCGGACAUGGGCCAAGUUCGGGGACGCCGUACACGAGGAUACCAGCAGCCGCCUUACUAUGGUAUCCACGGAGGAAAUUCUUCUUGAGAGGCCUAGGGCUCCAGGUAGUAAAGCGGAAGAACCAAAGUCUGCAGGAGACCCACUUGCUGCAAUGGUGAAAUCUGGAGCUUCCCUCAUGGUUUGCAGAACUUGUGGGAAAAAGGGCGAUCACUGGACUGCGAAAUGCCCUUACAAGGAUCUGGCCCAGCCGAUCGACUCCUCCAUUGAUAAGCCUCCCACCGCAGAAACUUCUACAGGUGCUGCUGGCAAGACCACAUAUGUUCCUCCUGGCAUGAGGGCAGGUGCCGCCGAUAAGGGUGGAAGCGAGAUGCGGCGGAGGAAUGACGAAAAUUCCGUCCGUGUUACCAAUCUAUCGGAGGAUACUCGCGAGCCUGACCUUCAUGAACUCUUCCGCACAUUUGGCCCUGUAAGCCGCGUCUAUGUGGCUGUAGAUCAGAAAACUGGAGUUAGCCGCGGCUUUGGCUUUGUGAACUUUGUUCAUAGAGAAGAUGCUGAGAAGGCGAUCAACAAGCUCAAUGGCUAUGGUUACGAUAAUCUUAUUCUUAGAGUUGAGUGGGCUACUCCGAGGCCUAAUUAAGUUGAUUCACCUGUGGAUUAUUCUGCUUAUUUUAUUUCGAACUGUGUUUUCUCGCUUUUAUUUGUUAGCGAUAUGUUGCAGAAACCCUUAAAAUGGGAGUAAAUCAUAUAGUUGUUGCAAACAUGAUGAACAUUAUUGAAUUUUGAUUGGAUAAUGAGCAUUUUGAUUGUCAGCUUUUUCUUA